AUGCACGCACGACGCGACGGCAAACAUCCUGCCUUUGGUGCUGAGUCUCUGAUCUCACCUGGGGCCACUGGGCAACUACUCUCAAGGUCGCCCUCUCCUGAUCCAGCAUACUCCCCUCUGCUUUACCCUGCAGAUCAUCUGGACAACAUUGCGCCGUCCUCUCCUACGCGUUCCGGUGGUCACAGCGAGUCGGAGCCUCCAGAUGAGGACAACGGUCUCCCACCACGUCCAGCUCUCCGCGAUCUCACUCAAGACCCAUCGGAACGGCUGCUUGUACCUGCGACAAUCGAGGCGCCGCAGUUCCGCCUCAUCUACCUCCUCACCGUCAUCGACAACGCCUUCAAGCACACCACUGUCGCAGAUUGUGACAAACGACUCAAAGACCACCUCAACGUUAUCAAGAUCAUGCAGCCUCUCCCGAUUGCGCCUCGGAAGCCAGCAACAACUCUUGCAACAGCACGUCGGAGACUGGGACUGAACAUCGACGACUACUUCGACCAGGUGGCUGUAUGCACUCUCUGCUACAAGGUGUACUCUCAGGACGACCUCGACUCACUUUCUGGGCCGGAAUGCACAGUCCCUAGGUGCAAAGGUGUCGCCUACAAGUCAUCCGAAAAGCGCUUAGCAGCGGUAUCUGACGGUGAAGAUCCAAAACCAAAGCGCGAUCCGGCCAAAAUCCUGCUGUAUGCGCCACUGCUCAAAGCCCUCCCGCGUCUCCUCCUUCGAGAAGAGUUUGUCCGCAACCUCGAUCUCUCAUCCAGUGAUGCACCAGACAACGGCGGUGUGCUGAAGGACUUCCAAGACGGACAAGCCUAUCGAGCAACAAAGCUGGAUCACGUUCGCCUUCGCAUGCCUGAUGGCCGGAUUGAAGACGUCAAAGCGUUUGCUGGACCUCCGCGAACACUCCGGUCGAUCCCGUUUGGUCUCAGUCUGACCAUCAAUCUUGAUUGGUUUGGUGUCACGAAAGAUUGUCCCCAUUCCCGCAAUGUACACCUUCUAGUGGUCAUUCCUGGACCGAAGGAGCCAAGUCUGGAAGAGAUAAAUCAUAUUCUGGCGCUCGCGACGCGCGAACUCAAAAUCUUGUACACUGGUAUCCACCUAGACGCGUAUGGAUAUAGCGAUCCAGUGGAGGUGCAUGCGGCUGUCGAGUGCCACUCGAGCGACACACCUGCAGCAGCGAAGGUCAAGGGGUCCGCCGGUCACUAA